CCCCAUACACCAUCGUUGUCGAUCCACCCCCAAUCACGCGUGCAAAGAGAGUUAGAUACUCAGCGUGACUACGUUUGGUAGCGCUGUUCGACAACAACGGUUUUGCAUUUUCCCGCCUUUUGCUUCAAUCUGCGUAGAACGCCAAGCUGGCUUGGUGAUCCUGGGAGAUCCGUCAUCAUGGCCGGAGGAGGAGACGGUUCCUCAGAGGAGUUCGUGGAGGACGAUUCUGCUUGUGGGGAGGAGGGCGAGGAAGACGGGGAUUCGUCGGCGUCGUUUGAGUCCGAGGAAGAGGAGGACGAUGACGACGAUGGGGCCACCGGAGACGACAGCGAUGUUUUCGAAACCCCAAUCAAGGCGAGGAAACGCGCUAGAACGCCUUCCCAGCAACCGGCUACCGCCGCCACCGCCGCACCCUCGUCCUCCUCAGGUAAGAAUAAAAGAAGCACCACCGCCCUUGCGGCUGACCGUAGUGGCAGCAGCAGCAAGAAAAUGAAGGUGGCGACAGCAGCGUCGGCGAAAACAUCGGUCGCUGGUGCGAAGGAGAAGGGGAAAGGGAAGGCGGCUGGGCGCAGCAACAACAACAAGCCUUCGCCAUCACAAGGGUCGUCUUCGUCGUCACCAGGACCCGGAACGCCAGCCACCCCGGGAGGACGGGACAGUGGCAGCAGCAGGAAGGAUCCCCAGGCUAGUUCCUGUGCCGAUGCCAGUGAAGAAAAGGACAGCAAAACGAUCGUUUCAGCUGGCGCACCCCCCUUGCCGAAACCAGUUGGAGGGAGUAUCGGCGCCAAUGGUGGCACGGCGGCCGGAAAAAAAGGAACCGCAGGAGCGGGAGCAUCUGGAAGCGCCCCAAAGACCCCCAAGGCGGCUGUCUCCGACUACAUGCUGCAGUCGAACCGUCCCUAUAGCUACAUCAACGUGUUCGACAAUCUCCGCAAGAAGAUCCCCAAGGCGAUGGUGCAGAAGCUGCUGGACGAGUUGGUGCGAGAUGGAACGCUCAAGCUGCAGGAGUAUGGAAAGGCCAGGAUUUACUACGCUAACCAGGAUGCCCUGCCGAACGGGGCUGGCGAUGCCUCUGCUGACAAGAUGCGAACACUGGACCAAGAAGCCAAGACCCUCACUUCGCAGCUCGAAAUUGUGUCCAAGCAGGAGCAACAAACUAGGGCGAGGGUCAGUUCCCUUUCCUGCCAGCCUACGGAUGAUGAACUGGCAAAGAAGUUGGCCAACUCCGCACAAGAGCUGGAGCAGGCGGAGGCGAGAAAUGGCGCUGCGAAGGGGCAGGGCCGGAGCGUGGCGGCGGGAGGGAUGAAGGCCGCGAAGCAAAGCUUUAACAAGUUCCGUGCGCUGUGGGUGACCCGCAAGCGCAACGCAAUGGACGUGGUGGACAUGAUCGCGGACGGAAUGGAGAAGAAGCCGAAGGUCGUCAUGGAGAUGUUGGGAGUGGAGCCGGACGAGGAGCCAAUUCCCCCGAAGAUGUAGUCACACCCAAUCGGAAGCCCCGCAGCUUGAAGCUUUUUUCGUCUGUGCCGGAAAUCUUAUUGGAACGAAAACAUGUCAACCCGAACCUUGAAAACUCGACCAAUACAAGUACACGCUUGAUGCUCUCUAUCGGAAAGCCUGUGUGCUUGAGAUGCGUGCUGUCGAUGUUGGGUGUUUGUUUAUCCUACCCUCUACGUAUUUGUCGUCGCCAAGAUCGCAAUUGAGGCGACCAGAUUUCCAGCCCACCCAUGGCUACGGAAUUGACAGCUUGCUCAGGGAGCAUUCGUCGACCCACAACGUUGUGGCACGCCCCGCCAAAACUGCUUGUGUUUUAGAGUUUCUCCAAGUUCAACACGAGCUCAACGCUAUGAGCAUGUGCAUGAAGCAUGCAACGUCAUCAACUUUAUUUAUUCCAUUCUAGCUUCCUUGCCGAGGCCUUGUAUUCGGCAAGGGUCCCCCCCCUCCCGUGUUUUUUCACGUGGAGAUGUUGUAGGAUUUGCCACCUUUGCUUUGAGCUUCGUAGGACAUGUUCAUCCUGGGUUAAGGCUAAGGUUAGACCGCAGUGGUCGGUCACUGACGACCAACCUCCUUGCUGUUCCCUAGUUCAUCGGCGUUUUACUGGCGCAUGUUGGGGUCUACUGGUCAGCAUCGCUGUCGUAGGUGUGAUUCAUGUGUUUCGCGAUGGAAGCAAGUACGUGCACCUGAUGUUCAUCUUAUGCCACUUCGGAAUUGUUUUUUGUUUUUUGCGGAGAUGUCAGUUUCUUGCGUUGUCUUCUCUGAUCAAGGCACGCCUCAACAUGCGUUGAAAACCCCACACGGUCACACGGUAGAAACGGAGAGAAAAUCUGAACCGACGG